AUGGCGAUAUAUCUCUUCAAACUUAUCCGAAGAAAGCUUAGAGAACGCGAAGUCGAAAAGGCCAUCCCAACUACAGAUGACUCUCAUUUGGUACCCGAGCCUGUCCCAGGGCAAGAGCUCCAAGACUAUCCAACCCGACAUAACCAUGGACCUUCGCAAGACUCAACAGGGAGUCACAUGAAUUUCCUCACACCUGAAGAGGCCGCACAGCAAAAAGCAGAAACUCGCCGAAGAAGGAUUCGACAGCUGAAGUUGAUGCUAGGACUUGUUCUACCUAACUUCCUGGCUGCCAUGGACGUCACUAUUGUUGCUCCAGCUAUUCCACUCAUAUCAUCUCACUUCGAUCAGCUCUCCGGAAGCUUUAACUGGAUUGUCGCAGCCUAUACACUCACAUUCACUACGUUUAUUCCCGCAUCAGGUCAACUAGCUGACAUCUACGGUCGCCACUUCGCACUCCAGUUUGAGAUGUUUUGGAUCAUGAUCGGGAGUGUACUCUGUGCUACGGCCCAGUCUUGGAGCAUGUUGCUUGCAGGUCGUGCGUUGCAGGGUUUGGGUGCCGCAGGUAUCGUGAGCUUGAGUCGUAUCAUCGUGUCGGAUGGAUCGACGCUGGCGGAGAAUUCGAGAAGUACCUCGGUCCUAUCGUUGAUUAUGGGAUGCAGUUAUGCUGUCGGUCCAGUUAUCGGUGGCUACCUUGCAGAUGCGAGUUGGCGGUACAUAUUCGUUCUUCCUAUCGGCGUGGCAGUGAUUGCUAUGCUCAUCAUCUUCUUCGUCAUGCGCAAAGAACUCGCCCAAGGACGCGCCACUACCGAGCCAGGUGAAUCGCGCCGUUUAGGAUACAUCUCUGGUCUUGCCAUCAUCGACUGGCCCGGCCUAGUCAUGUUCAUCUUUGGAGUAGGCUGCAUAAUUCUCGCCAUACAAUGGGGCGGAACACAGUACUCUUGGACCUCCGCCCCCGUCAUUGCCCCCCUUAUCGUUGGGAUUUUCCUGUGCAUCGCCUUCUUCGUGUACGAGUAUCUCCUUGGCCCCAACCGCGCUGUAGCCAGACUCUUCCCUCGUCAAGUCCCCAUGAUUCCCUCCACACUCUUCCGCAAAAAGGACACAACGCUACUCAUGGUUAUCAACUUCUCCGCUGGAAUCUCUAUGGUCUCCGCUUUCUACUUCCUUUCUUACUACUGGCAACUUGCGGAGGGCUACUCAUCUAGCCAAGCCGGUCUACAACUCCUCUAUUAUACGCCCGGCCUAGGUGUAGGCGUCUACACUGCAGUAAUCCUAUGUAACCGCUGGCCACAACAAACCUUCUCUCCUCUACUCAUCGGUUCCAUCGUCGAAGGCGUCGGUCUCGCGCUCCUCACUUACUCGAUAUCCAUCCGCCACACAACAAUGGUGAAGGUUUUUCUCGCUAUAGCAGGCGUGGGGACAGGGUUACGCUUCAUGCCUAUUGCUCUUCACGCAGCAGGCAUCUGGUCAACGCGUAUCCCCAGUAUGCAAUCGCUGCUUUCCUUUAUGGUGCCAUUGGGAGAGACGGUCGGUAUUGCCAUGAUGGGAUCAGUUUUCUCAAACAAACUCUCUACUUUCCUGGCGGAGAUCAAUGAUCCUGGAAACAGUAUCUCGUUACCUGCCACUGGUCCGCCGAGCCUCGAGCUCUUGAACAGUCUUCCUGCAGCGGUGAAAACGGAAGUUCAGGAUGCGGCUGCAAAGGCGGUCAUGUGGUCUUUGAUCUCUGUGUUGCCUUUUGUUGCCGCGGCGAUCGUUGCAUCGUGCUUUCUGGGCAAUGUAUGGAUUGGUAAAUCGGCAAGGAAGGGCAAAGAGGGUAAACCAGCGCGCGAAGCAGAAACGGGAAAGGUCAUGUAUGGGCUUUAUGUGCUUGCGCUUUGUACUGGAAAAAAUAGGGACCAGAAGCAAGAUCUGGAUGUCAACAUCUCAGACGAUGGGGCGAUGAGAAAAGCGAAUUUUGCAGGAAGGCGAUGCAAGAACGACAAUCUCAAAGAGGGGAGAGUAUAG